CGUUCUGAGCGCGGCUUCAGUUGGAAGUUCCCGUCUUUCACGCAGCGCUCUGUACUGGGAGCCGUCGGAAUUGUAAAUAUCACUCCUAGGGCACUUAACUUCAGGAUCUUAAGUUUCGGAGCGGGAAUUGUAGAAUUGUACUCUCCUUUUAGAUCGAACGCAAGGCUCCGGACCUCCCAGCGAUGACCGGCGACUUCCUGACGACGGCCUUUCCCGUUGUGUUGGUUUUGGUUGCAAGCGACAAGUUCGGAGGAGAGCAAACGCUCACGCUCGAGGUGUUUCCCGAAUUCAAGCGGUACAACGUCAGCCUGUGGAAGUCUCAUGGAGGCGAAUGCGGAGACACCGCCUCUUUGAACAUGGUCAGCUGGAAACACGAGUACCUUGAGUCUUCCACUGUUGUCCGGUUUGACGAACUUCCAGAAGGACAGUACUGCAUCACGGCGGAUCCGAUUACUGUGCGCUGUUUCCCUUCCGAGUUUUGUUCCAGACUGACUACCUCCACUUUUCACAUCAAAGGAAUUCGGUCUUGACUUGCGCCGGAGUUGGGAGACCAGGAGGGCUGCUUUGAGUGACUACGAACAUUGCUGAGCACCACCGUCAGGAGCAAAGAAAGAACAGCCGAGGUGUGGGACAGAUGAGGGGUUGCAGCUUAUCGA